CGGCCUCAAAGUUUGCGGCGGCCGGGCGCGGAGCCUCCAAGAUGCCGUUCCACCCGGUGACGGCGGCGUUGAUGUACCGGGGCAUCUACACCGUGCCCAACCUGCUGUCGGAGCAGCGCCCCGUGGACAUCCCCGAGGACGAGCUGGAGGAGAUCCGCGAAGCCUUCAAGGUGUUCGACCGAGAUGGUAAUGGCUUCAUCUCCAAGCAGGAGCUGGGGACAGCCAUGCGCUCACUGGGCUACAUGCCCAACGAGGUGGAGCUGGAGGUCAUCAUCCAGCGUCUGGACAUGGACGGUGAUGGCCAGGUGGACUUUGAGGAGUUUGUGACCCUUCUGGGACCCAAGCUUUCCACUUCAGGGAUCCCAGAGAAGUUCCACGGCACAGAUUUUGACACCGUCUUCUGGAAGUGUGACAUGCAGAAGCUCACAGUGGACGAGCUGAAGCGGCUGCUGUAUGACACCUUCUGCGAGCACCUGUCCAUGAAGGACAUAGAAAACAUCAUCAUGACAGAGGAGGAGAGCCACCUGGGCACAGCCGAGGAGUGCCCCGUGGACGUGGAGACCUGCUCCAACCAGCAGAUCCGCCAGACGUGCGUGCGCAAGAGUCUCAUCUGCGCCUUCGCCAUCGCCUUCAUCAUCAGCGUCAUGCUCAUCGCGGCCAACCAGGUGCUGCGCAGUGGCAUGAAGUAG